AUGGGGAGUCUACCACCCCCCGACCUCCCCAAACCCUGGGUCUCGACACCUCUGAUUGAGUCCGCCGCUCUCUCCAAAGCGGCAGGAUGCCGCAUCUUCCUCAAACUCGAAAACCUCCAGCCCGCCGCCUCCUUCAAGUCCCGCGGCAUCGGCAACCUCAUCCGCCGCACCCUCCUCACGCACCCGACCCCCCACCUCACGCACUUCUACUCCUCCAGCGGCGGCAACGCCGGUCUCGCCUGCGCGACGGCCGCCCACGCCCUCGGCCGCCCCGCCACGGUCGUCGUUCCCGUGACGACGAAGCCGCUGAUGGUCGCGAAGAUCAGGAAUGCCGGGGCGACGGACGUGGUACAGACGGGCGCCAGCUGGGCGGAAGCCGAUGCGUAUUUGAGGGAAGAGUUGCUGGGGAAGGAUAGGAAUGGGGUGUAUGUGCCGCCGUUUGACCAUGAGGAUGUGUGGGAUGGUGCUGCUACGAUAGUGGAGGAGUUGGAAGAGAAGCCGGAUGCGGUGGUCUGCUCUGUUGGUGGUGGAGGGCUGUUUUGCGGCGUGAUGCGGGGACUGGAGAGGCGGGGUUGGGGGGAUAUGAAGGUCUUGGCUUUGGAGACCAGAGGGGCCGAGAGUCUGCACAAGAGUUUGGAAAAGGGAGAGCUGGUCAGGUUGGAAAAGAUUACGAGUAUUUGUACCAGUCUUGGAGCGACGCGGGUUGGGGAGAAGACGUUUGAGUACGGGCAGAGGAAGAGUGUGAGGAGCGUGGUGCUUGAGGAUCGAGAAGCGGUGAUGGGAUGUUGGCGACUGGCAGACGAUGAGAGGUUGCUUGUCGAACCGGCUUGUGGGGUCAACGUGGCGCUGUGCUACGAUGGCCGAUUGAAGAAGUUGUUGCCGGAGCUCACGGCCGAGAGUAAGAUUGUGGUUGUUGUGUGUGGGGGUGCUGCUGUCACGCUCGAGAUGCUGAUGGAAUGGAGGGAGAGGUUUGGGCUCAUGGAGGGAGAGACGACAAAGGAUAAGGAGGUCCCGAGCACUGUGGCGACAAAUGGUCAUAACAAAUGA